AUGUCGGCUUUUCUACAAAACUUUCAUUUGUCUCCAGGCCAGACUAUUCGCCCAUCCAGAGGAUUUAAAUGGAAUAAUAAACAACAACAAGAAUUUGAUUUGGAAAACAACAAUAAUAAUAACAGUAAUAUUAAUGAAGUAAAUGUACCAACAUUUUCAACACCUACAAAAAACAACAACAAUAGCAAUUUACAAUACCCUCCAAACACACCAGCUAAUAAUAACACUAAUAAAUUGCUUUUCACUAAUGGAAGUAAUAGUAAUAGCAAUAACAACAACAACAACAGCAACAACGUUGUUACGGAUUUUAAUUAUACACCAACGCAUCAAUUACCAUUCAUUAAGCCAGCAGCUAGCACGCAAGUUACUUCGCAUAGAGAUUUGAAGAAAAUUGUGGAAACCACUUUAAACUCAGAAAGUGUAUUAGAACAAGCUGUUAAAUUGCCCAAAGGCGAAGACUUAAAUGAAUGGAUUGCUGUCCACUGCGUCGAUUUUUACAACCAUGUCAAUAUGUUGUACGGUACUAUAACCGAAUUUUGCUCUCCCACGAGUUGUCCCAAAAUGAUAGCUACUAAUGAGUACGAAUAUUUGUGGAAUUUGUAUCCGGGGAAACCACCAGUUUCAGUUUCUGCCCCUAAAUAUGUCGAAUGUUUAAUGCAAUGGUGCCAAAAUUUUUUUGAUGAUGAAAAUAUUUUUCCCGUCAAGGAAAAUGUUCCAUUUCCUCCGCAGUUUGUGGGUAGGUAUUGUAGACAGAUAUUGAAAAGAUUAUUUAGAGUUUAUGCUCACAUAUAUUGUCAUCAUUUUAACGAAAUUUUUGAAAUGAAUUUACAAAUUUUAUUAAAUACAAGCUUUAGACAUUUUUGUUUAUUCACUAGGAAUUUCGGGUUAUUAACGGAUGAAGACUAUGGUCCAUUAUUAGAAUUGGUUAAUGAUUUAACUUCAAAAUGA